UCAGUAUGGCUUGAAACCAAGUGGGAAAUGUUCUUAAACAAAAGGAAUCAAACAGUGAAAACAUGUUAAGCAUUAAAAGCAUUAAGUUACCUGUGCUGACAUCCACAUGUCUCAGCUUACUGCCCAACAGAAUAUAAUCAAACCCAAGCAUUCCUCUACUUGGCACAAAGGUAAAAUUGGCAUAAAAUAUAAGCAUUAUGAAAGUAUAAUGGGUUAACCAUGGCACGAGUUAUUCUUUUCUUUCAGGCAGGUCCAAAAUGUGGCUGCUUUUAACAAUGGCAAGUUUGAUAUCUGUACUGGGGACUACACAAGGUUUCUUUGGAAAAUUACAUCCUGAAAGCCCUGAAGUGACUAUGAACAUUAGUCAGAUGAUUACUUAUUGGGGAUACCCAAAUGAAGAAUACGAAGUUGUGACUGAAGAUGGUUAUAUCCUUGAAGUCAACAGAAUUCCUUAUGGGAAGAAAAAUUCAGGGAAUACAGGCCAGAGACCUGUUGUGUUUUUGCAGCAUGGUUUGCUUGCAUCAGCCACAAACUGGAUUUCCAACCUGCCGAACAACAGCCUUGCCUUCAUUCUGGCAGACGCUGGUUAUGAUGUGUGGCUGGGCAACAGCAGAGGAAACACCUGGGCCAGGAGAAACUUGUACUAUUCACCAGAUUCAGUUGAAUUCUGGGCUUUCAGCUUUGAUGAAAUGGCUAAGUAUGACCUUCCAGCCACAAUCGACUUCAUUGUAAAGAAAACUGGACAGAAGCAGCUACACUAUGUUGGCCAUUCCCAGGGCACUACCAUUGGUUUUAUUGCCUUUUCCACCAAUCCCAGCCUGGCUAAAAGAAUCAAAACCUUCUAUGCUCUAGCUCCUGUUGCCACUGUGAAGUAUACAAAAAGCCUUAUAAACAAACUUAGAUUUGUUCCUCAAUUCCUCUUCAAGAUUAUAUUUGGUGACAAAAUAUUCUACCCACACAACUUCUUUGAUCAAUUUCUUGCUACUGAAGUGUGCUCCCGUGAGACACUGAAUCUCCUUUGCAGCAAUGCCUUAUUUAUAAUUUGUGGAUUUGACAGUAAGAACUUUAACACGAGUCGCUUGGAUGUGUAUAUAUCACAUAAUCCAGCAGGAACUUCUGUUCAAAACAUGUUCCAUUGGACCCAGGCUGUUAAGUCUGGGAAAUUCCAAGCUUAUGACUGGGGAAGCCCAGUUCAGAAUAGAAUGCACUAUAAUCAGCCCCAACCUCCCUACUACAAUGUGACAGCCAUGAAUGUACCAAUUGCAGUGUGGAACGGUGGCAAGGACCUGUUGGCUGACCCCCAAGACGUUGGCCUUUUGCUUCCAAAACUCCCCAAUCUUAUUUACCACAAGGAGAUUCCUUUUUACAAUCACUUGGACUUUAUCUGGGCAAUGGACGCCCCUCAAGAAGUUUACAACGACAUUGUUUCUAUGAUAUCAGAAGAUACAAACUAGUUCUGGAUUUAAAGAAUUAUCCAUUUGUUUUUCCAAUAUACUUUAUUCUCUCAUACAUAGUAUUUUCAUAAUGUUUGACAUGCAGUGCUUCUUUCUGUAACUUUGACUUUAGAAAUAUAUUGGCAUCAACAAAC